CGGGUCUCGGCGGUUCGGCGCGGCUGCCUGGUGACCGCUGCCGCCUCCCCGCAGCGCAGAGCGAGCCCCCGCACCUCGGAGCCGGCGGCCAGUCCGACGGUGGCCCGCAGCUUCCCACCAUGAACACGAUCGUCUUCAGCAAGCUCAGCGGCCAGGUGCUUUUCGAGGAGGAUGCCAAGGAGCGGGAGCGGAGCGGCCGGCCCUACGUAGGGGUGGUGGAGGGGCCGCACCACGCCGAGGUUCUGCUCCCCGACAGCCCGUCCAUCAAGGAGAGCCUCAGCCUGCGGAACCGGCGGACGGGGGCGCGGCAGAGCGGGAAGGUGCGGCACAAGCGGCAGGCGCUGCAGGACAUGGCGCGGCCGCUGAAGCAGUGGCUCUACAAGCACCGCGACAACCCCUACCCCACCAAGACCGAGAAGAUUCUACUGGCUCUCGGCUCCCAGAUGACUCUGGUGCAGGUAUCAAAUUGGUUUGCCAAUGCAAGACGUCGCCUGAAGAAUACUGUCAGGCAACCAGAUCUUAGCUGGGCUUUACGAAUAAAACUGUACAACAAAUAUGUUCAAGGAAAUGCUGAACGACUCAGCGUGAGCAGUGAUGACUCAUGCUCUGAAGAUGGAGAAAAUCCUCCAAGAAACCAUAUGAACGAAGGGGGAUAUAACAAACCAGUUCAUCAUACUGUGAUUAAAACUGAAAGUUCAGUAAUAAAAACAGGAGUGAGACCAGAAACGAGUGCCAAUGAGGAUUAUGUGUCACCCCCUAAAUACAAAAGCAGCUUAUUGAAUCGUUACCUAAAUGACUCAUUGAGACAUGUCAUGGCUACUAAUGCAGCUAUGAUGGAAAAAACAAGGCAAAGGAAUCACUCUGGUUCGUUUAGUUCCAAUGAAUUUGAAGAGGAAUUAGUGUCUCCAUCAUCAUCAGAGACAGAAGGCAAUUUUGUCUACCGGACAGAAACUCUGGAGAAUGGACCAAAUAAGUGUGAAAGCGCAGCUAACAGAAAAGGAACCAGCAAAGAUGAAACGUACUGGAAGGAGAUCAAUGCAGCUAUGGCCCUAACGAACCUUGCCCAGGGGAAGGAUAAACUGCAGGGAACUACCAGCUGUAUCAUUCAGAAGUCAUCACAUAUAUCAGAAGUAAAGACUGUUAAAGUGCCAUUAGUACAUCAGUUUUAAGAGAUGGGUCCUUUUACUUUUUCCUGUCAAACGGACAUUUCCCUUGCAGGAUUGGUUUUCAGCAAAAUCAGAUUCACAGAUAUGAGGCAAAUGUGGAAAAUAGGCCCCCUUUUGGAGUAUGGUCAGUUUGAUAAUACUGCUUCUGACUCAGACAUUUUUGUUGUAUUAAAUGAAAUGUUCAGUUGCUUCUACAAAAGGCAUGUAAAUUAUAAACCCCCCUGUUUUUAUCAAAACAUUAACUUAUUUUAUGUUAAUCAAAUUGCGCAUAAGAUGUUUGCAUUGCUAUUACAGUAAGUGCCUUGCUUUCAACAAAUAAGCUAUAACGUGGGCAUAGUACAACAGUAUUAUGCCUCAAAAUGACAAUGCCAUAAUGCUUAAACUUUGUAUAUUAUUCCAAGUGGGCUUAAGCAGCCUAGGGCUAAACACAUUACUGCUGGAGGCCCUGGAGAGUUGUGCUUAUUUGACUUGUACAAAUUGACGAGUCUUAAUGAAAUUGUUACAUCGUUUUCUCUCUCUUUUUUUUAAUCGACAGUGUUAUAAAAGUUGUACAGUAUGUUUUGUCAAAGUGACAAUGAGGUUGUUAUGCAUGUUUCUUACCUAUAUAUGCAGUAUAUUAAAUACCAAAAUCAUUCCUUUAAAAAGUGCAAUACUCUAGAACACACAAAUUUAGGAAAUAAGUUAAUUGUUCAGAUUAUUUUGAACUUAUACAUAUGCUCUCAGCUGUGUUGCUUAUUAAAGAUUUCUAGUUGAGAAGGUUCUAGCCAGACUAAUUGUAAAUUCAAGUUGAAUUUCUAUAAUUUUAAAACCUUGCUAGUGACUUACUGAAGUUUUGAUAGAAGUAAACUUGAUUUCUUCUUGUACAAAACUAAAUCUAUGGUGCCAUUUAUUAUUUGCAGUGGAGCUCAAAAAAGUUUCCUCGGUGGAACUUAUUAGUUUAAUGUGGUUUAAACGUUUUUAUUUUGUAGGUACUGAACAGAUGAGGACAGUUGAUUGACAGUUAAUAUUUCAAUGAGAAAAAGCUCUACUAUAAACUAUCAAAGCCCAAGCUAGAAACACAAAUGGGAAAUGAAACAUUGAAAAAUCUCAGCAUUUAUGGUGGGAGGGUUUUCAGUAGAUACUAAACCAUGUGUUAAAUGUUGUGUCUCUAAACUUGACUGCUAUUGAGUGUAAUAACUAGUGUAAAACCAGGUUUAUUUUUACAUUUUAUUGAGAGGUGUACAAGUUAUUCUUAAGUCAUGUAACAAUAGUCUAAUGAGGUUUACAGCACUUGAAUAAACAGUGACAAAGCCAAAACCAAUUUAUACUGAAUCAGUUACUGAAAAAACUGGAAAAGAGCUGAUUGUUGCUAGGAUUUUGGAUUUUUUUUUUUUCCUGUGGGUAUCCUGCCAGGCUUUUUCCUACUUAGGCCUUUCCUUGUUUAUCUUUUUGGUGAGCCAUCAAUGAACAAGACAAGACUUUAGUCCCACUCCCACUGAGUUUAAUGGCAGAACUCCCACUUCAAGGGAAGCAGGACUGUGCUAAUGAUGACACUAACUUGCAAGUAGAGGCUGUUCCAGUUGCACUAAAAUAGUCAAGAUACAUUGCAAAUACCAGCCUUGGUGUGACUUCUUAGGAAACUUCUUGAUGUAACAUAACGUUGUUGGGUU